AUGAAAAACCAUUCAGGAAUUACAGAGUUUAUCCUCUUGGGAUUGUCAGAUGAUCCAAAGCUUCAAGCUGUGAUUUUUGUCUUUCUGUUCAUCACUUACAUGCUAAGCAUCACUGGGAACCUGGUCAUUAUUACCCUUACCCUGCUGGAUUCCCACCUCCAGACCCCCAUGUACUUCUUCCUCAGAAAUUUCUCCUUAUUAGAAGCUUCCUUCACAACGGUCUGUAUACCCAAGUUUCUGGGCACCAUCAUUACAGGAGAUAAAACCAUUUCCUUUAAUGAUUGCAUUGCUCAGUUAUUUUUUUUUAUCCUCUUGGGAGUUACCGAAUUUUACCUUCUGGCUGCCAUGUCCUACGACCGCUACGUGGCCAUCUGCAAACCCCUGCAUUACGUGACCAUCAUGAACCGUCGAGUCUGCACAAUUCUCGUCUUUUCCUCAUGGCUGACUUCAUUUUUAAUCAUAUUUCCUGCACUAAUGUUGCUCUUAAAACUUGAUUACUGUAGAUCUAAUAUUAUUGACCAUUUUACUUGUGAUUAUUUUCCUCUGCUACAACUUUCUUGUUCAGACACGGAAUUUUUAGAGAGAAUGGGUUUUUCUUGUGCUGUGUUUACUCUGAUGUUCACUUUGGCAUUAAUAAUUACAUCUUAUAUAUACAUUAUUAGAACAAUUUUGAGAAUUCCUUCUGCUAGUCAGAGGACAAAGGCCUUUUCCACGUGUUCUUCCCACAUGAUUGUCAUAUCCAUCUCAUAUGGCAGCUGCAUUUUCAUGUACAUUAAUCCAUCAGCAAAAGACAGGGUGUCUUUGAGCAAGGGAGUAGCCGUGUUAAACACCUCAGUAGCCCCCAUGCUGAAUCCUUUUAUUUACAGCCUGAGGAAUCAACAAGUCAGGAAAGCCUUCACAGACAUUGCAAAGAGGUCUUUGUUUUUUACAAACAAAUCAAAAGAUGUGGAGGCAUGA